GACAUCGGGGGCACGAAUCAAUCCUGCUUCCUCGAUGUGGUCAGCAUCAACCAGGGCGACCUUGGCAUGAUGCGGCAGGGAAUCUACGGGCUGGGUGGCUUCCUGAGCGCGUCCAAGGAGCUGAGGAUCCUAUACUCCGCACCUUACCUUACCAGGCUGUGGUGUGUCUUCGAGUUGGCUGCAUUUCGAAUGGCCAACCCGUCCGGCAGGAUCCGAUUCGCUCCCUUGUUCGUGGAGAGCGCGGUAGCCUCUGUCUGGGUGGGUGCUACACUGGCCCUCCUCAUCUACGUGCUCGUGAUCGCCACCCUAGGACUGCAGAGUCUUGUUACUUUACUCGUUGCCCUGAUCCCCUUCUUCCUUGUCUUCCAUUCGCUCCGGAAGAACUUGUCCCAGAAGCGCCAGGUCUUCUACGACUUGGCCACCUUUGAGCUCUCGGCCGCGGGAUGUCGGAAGGCAAGCGACCAGGAGUUCAUCUACGCCGCCAUCGAGAAGUGGUACGGCAGUCUGGACGCCUUCACGGCCCAUGUUCGGGGGCCUCUUCGUGACGAGCUGCUGGCGAAGCACUUGGGCACUGGCCUUCCCUGGCACUACGCUCUGCUGAUCGCGACCCCAUUGAUUACGCUAGGAAUGGACGCGUGGGCAGCACAAGUAAGAGCAGGGGCUCCCAUUCACAAUUUGGUGUCCUACGGCACUGGCGUGAGCCUUGGACUCUUUGGUUUCUGGUGGAUCGUCGGCGUGCAGUUCGCGAUGCUUCUGGCCGACCGAUUCCCACUGCCCAAAAGCAGCAUAUACGGACUGGCACAGUCUGUCGUGCUCUACUUGGUGUACAUGGCGUUCAAUUUUUGCGGAGUCUACAUAGGACGUUGGGCAUACAAAGAGAGUGUUGCUGCAUCACUCAUAUGGUGUGCUGCAGCUGGCAUGCUGGCUUGGCUAGCCAGCGGUGGGCUGAAGGUCUGUCAAUCUGCCUUUCGCCGUCAUUGA